AUGGGGGCAUUGUUUUUGGAGCAGCGGCUGGAUGGAGGAGACAAGUGGUGGAGCGGUUUUUCAUUUACCACAUCAAAGACGGCGGAUCUCGGCGGCGUGGCACUAUGGGGAUUCGGUGUCCGAUGCGAGGAGAUGGACUCAUGCAGGAGAAGGACGCUGUCUGGCGUCAUGGUGGCGUCGAUGGCAGAGAGGCCUGGAAAGGUCGGUGCGUUAGUUUUUGCUCUGAAGAUGGAUUGGUGGAAGAUGGCGGUGACGGCACAUGAGAGGGCAAUGGACAAAUUCGUGCGAGUUUACAGCGGCGGGGAGCUGGUGAAGGGUCCAAAUGGGGUCGAAUUCGGGGACCUCUCCGAGCAGGGUAUAUGGUUCAAGGAAUCACCCACAUACAGUGAGCUCAUUGGCGCCGUGUACAAGAAGCUCGGGCUGGAACCUACGACACACAUUGUUCGUGCACAGGGAAGGGCGAAUGUCGGUGGUGGCGCUCAUUGGCACUUCAUCAUGGUGCCUAUCGAUGACGAUAUGUCCUGGAGUAACUAUGUCAAAGCAGUUUUCAAUGGCACCGACUGGAAUUGCCUGGAGGUUUAUGUUCAGGCAGAGAAGCGUCCAUCUAUGGAGCCGGUUUCUUCGGAGCCACAGAGGUCCUGGACAAGGGAGCAGAGCCCUAGAGCUGGCGGUUUCGACUUCUUUCUGAGCAACAAGAGAAAUGAUUCACCAUCCUCAAGGAAGGAGCCUGAGUCGGCUUCAGAGUCAGAAUCCGACAUGAAGUCUGAAGAUGGCGAGGAUGAUGGCUUUGCCUACACAUUGCACCAGAGGGUUCUCGAGCUUGAGGACGAUCUCAAUGCUGCGAACCGGAAGCUGCUUGAUGCAAACGAAAAGCUCGAGGUUUUCGAGAAGAAGAGCUUGAGGUGCCGUUGCGAUUAUAAGGAAAACGGAAAUGGUGCCGAUCAAGCUACAAAGAUUACACAUACCGAGGGAGAUCUCACGUUGAUUAGGGAGAAGCUACAGUAUUCACAAGUGGAGAUUGACAGUCUCAAAAGGAGGCUCGAAGACGCCGCAACUUUGUCAGAAGAGCACUCUAGGCUGUUGGAACAAAACAAGGAACUGGAAUCUGAAAUUGUCAAUCUGAAGGAAGAAAUGGCUUCGGCAAGACUGUAUUUCGACGACAAACUAUCCGAGAGCAAGGCCGAGAUCAGCAAGUACAUUCAAGAGCUUACCGCCGUGUAUAAGAAGCUGCUGCGGGAGAGGCUCACCAACAGAGCACAGAUGGGUAAGCUGCAAGAGACGAUCCGGAUCGCCGGUCAUGAGCUGGAGAAAGUUUCUGAAGAGAAAUCCCUAGUGGAGGAUCAUGUGAAGGAGCUGGAGGAGGCAAACGCCGAAGCCGAAAGGCGGAGGCAGGAGCUCAUCCAUGCCGCCGAAAUGCUGUUGGAGGACAAGUUCAGGCAUGAGGCUGAGAUCCUGACGAUGCAGCAGAGCAUCGAGGAUCUGAAGCCGAAAUUCGUGAGCAUCGCCAGAGAGAAGUCGCUGCUGAAACUCUGGUUCGCUGAUCUGGAGCUCGUUGUGGAUCGAGGGAGGAGCGUCGUAGUGGAGUAGCCCGGUUUUCUUGAAAAUUUCAGUAGCUAGAAUUUAGCAAA